GAACGAUGCUCUUGGUGUUGCCUGGCUCAAGCAAGUGUUUGAUCGCCAUACAAGAGUGAGGGCGCGAGGGAAGUACAGACUCUUGAUCCUUGAUGGCCACGGCAGCCACGUCACGCAGGCCUUUAUUGAAUACGCUCAUGCCAACAAGAUUCUGCUACUUAUAUUCCCUCCGCAUGCUACUCACGCGCUUCAGCCGCUUGAUGUGGCGUGCUACAGGCCGUUGGCGCAGCACUACUCUGAUGAGCUCCUUCAUCGCGGCCACACCACCGAGGGGUGGGUACCUGUGGCUCAGGCUGACUUCUUCCCGCUUUUUUGGGCAGCGUGGAAGAAGACCUUCACUAAAGACCUUGUUGUACAGGCCUUCAAGUGCACUGGGAUUCACCCACCAGAUGCCAACGUCGUGCUCAAGAAGUUCAGAAACCCAACACCAAAGUCGCCCAGCACGACCCCAGAGCCUACUCAGCUUCAGCCUGCACCAGAAUCACCUAGUUGGCGCAAGACGUCGCGGCUUCUCAAGCGUGCAAGAGAAGAUAAUGUACCUGGUGCUGCUGAGGCAGUUGAUCAAGCCCUUCACCAACUCCACGUGCGAUUAGAGAUCUCAGAGGCUAGGGUUGACGGCCUAGAAGAGGCUCUGAAGGCUAAUAAGAAUAAGAAGAGGAAGCGGAAGGUACUACCUUUGCAACCUAUCGAUGGUAAUGAGGGUGGUGGUGCGGUUCUCUGGAGUCCUUCACGCAUUGAGCGCGCAAAGCAAGAACUCCAGGCAAAAGAGGACCUUGAGCGCGCUGCAGAGGCAGCAAAAGCUACUAAGAAGGAGCUUCAACACCAGAAGAAGAUUAUUCAAGCAAAGGAGAAGGAGGAUAAGCGUGUAGAGCGAGAGAAGAAGAAGGUAUUGACUGCUAAGGCACAGGCUGCGAAGCGCGCUCAAACUGAGGCUCGUAAAGAGGAGGCAAAGCACAAGAGCAACGCAAAAAAAAGUACUCAAUUGCCUGAACAGGCUAAGAGCAAGGCCUCACAGAAAUCUCAGUCAAAAGUAACAAAGAAUCGUGGUGGUAGUGCCGUGCGUAGUCAGCGGGUGCCUCACAGGUCGCCCUCACCACCACCACCUACCACGGCAUCUACUAGCCGCACCACGCGUCCUCCCAGAAAACUGUGGUAGCUAAAAGUUUCGCAAAAGUCUAUUUAGUAAUCUACCAAAUCAUCUUGUAAUAGCAGCGUCGUGGUGUUGCUCAAUAAUCUCACUUGUUUCG